ACUCAUCUCAGCUACACCGUCCCCAGAAAUCACCGACUUCAGCGGCUGCAGAGCAGAAAUGCCAAGCCUAGGAGUUAGGGAUGCGCGCUGUUCAGCCAGCAUAUAGCGCUCCCGCAUCUUGCUCUCUCUAGAGAAGCGCCUCUUUUGAACGAGAACCUUCUACUCUUGCCGUGUGCGCUCGCCUCUUUCGCCCUAUCAGAUCUCAUCGUCGUGCGCGUUCGUCAGUGCGACUAGGAAUCAGUAAUCACCGUUUGACGCCGGGGUGCCGAUGGGAAACGUAAAUGUUAAGGACGGAUUAGAUUCUGUGGGUCUAUCUAAUCUCUCCCUCGGGAAUGCCGCGCUGGGCGGGGGGCGAGCCGCAGCGAGCGCUCAGCGCGCAGCGAACUGGAAAGCCACGGGGAUUAUCGCUUUAAGAGACGCGCACCUGAAGUCCAUUCCCGAGGCCGUGUUUGACGCAGGAGCUGCAGCUCGAACCGUAGAUGGUUCAAACAAUAAAAUUGUGGAGAUUCCAGAGGCGAUCGGACGACUCACGUCGCUGCAGCGGCUGGUUCUUCCCGGCAACCGAAUCGAGCGCCUGCCUGCUUCCAUCGGGUCCCUCGCCUCCCUCAAGGCUCUGCAGCUGGAGAACAACCGACUGACAGAGCUGCCCAAUGAAAUUGGGUCUCUGUCUCGCUUGGAGCGGUUAACUCUGGCCAGCAACCAGCUGCAGCACCUCCCAGAUUCCAUCGGCAAACUAACCGCUUUGGUCAUUCUUGACAUCUCUUCCAACUGUCUUUCCAGCCUCCCAUCCACCCUCGGUAGCUGCUCCGCUCUUCAAGAGCUCUCUUUACAAGCUAAUCGGCUAGCGGGCCUUCCCCCCUCGAUAGUGGACCUUUCUGACCUUCGCACUCUAGCCCUCGACAACAAUCGGCUCACUGAUCUUCCAGCCAAACUCUUAGUUAAGUGCCAGCGGCUGCACACAGCUACCUUACGGGGCAACGCGGUUACAAUAGAGCAGUUUGAGCAGAUGGAUGGGUAUGCCGAUUAUGAGGAGCGGCGGAAAACCAAGGUGGAUAAAAGGAUUGCCGCUAACGUCAUGCUCAACGACCAAAGCCUCGAUAUAGGCAUCGAUCGCACGUGACACCGGGUGUAUCAAGGCGUGGAACGGACCGCAAAUAUGGGGUAAAGGCUUAAGACUUGCAUGUGGGUUACGUCAGGCAACGCCUAUUGUGCGUUGCCUCAUGAAUUGUUGUGGGUUACCUAUAUUGUAACUGCUCUAUUGUUACAAGAGAGCAGUUUGAGCAGAUGGAUGGGUAUGCUGAGUACGUGGAGCGGCGGAAAACGAAUGUGGAUAAACGGAUUGCUGCUAAUGUCAUGCUCAAUGACCAAACCAAAGCCUUGAUAUAGGCAUCGAUCGCAUUUGAUAUUACUCACACUAUACUAUAGUCUUGGCAUGGCAUAUUGCGACCAGAGUGGGCAAACGGGUUGUCUUCACUGACUCGCUCGCUCCAUUAUUCGAAGCCUGGAUGUAGCAAUUGUAUGCCUAC